AUGUUUGGAAUGUAUAAAGCAUCAAAUGCUGUUAAAAUAAGCAACAAGGCAGAAAUCAGUAACGAGGCGUUAGAAACAGACAGUUCUAUUUAUGUCGUUAAAAGAGCGCGCAAUAUUGGUGAUGUGAAUGAAAGAGAACAGGCGAAUAACAAAGACCGUAAUAAUGUAAAUUGUGAAUCGACAGGUGCCGCUGCAAAUUUAAAUUCCAAUGCUUCCUCUCCGCCUUGCUCUCCAUCAAACUCUACCAUUAUCGAGUCAUUAUUUUCACCACGUGCCGACGUAGAUUUGCAUAGCCAGUGGAAAACGUUCAAAUCACGUUCAUUGGACAAGGGAAAAGUUACGAACAAAAGCGUAUUAUUUAGUCGCUUUUUUGACAAGGUUAACCAAAAAAGAGAACCCCGUUAUGAAGAUAACAAGAAUAAUGCGAAAAAUAAAAACGAGCACAUUAAUGAUGAACGUAAAGACGAUUGUACCCAAACGCACGAACUAGAAGAUGUACAAGAAGAGGUUGUAAACCCACCCAAACAGACAAAAUCUAUUGAAGACACAUAUAAUUACGCAAGCACAGUAGCAGAUGAAUUCAAAAAGUUACCUGCUAAGACCCUUAACACCGAUAAUUCUGAAGUUGAGCGUGGCAUUUACAAUUUUUAUAACAACUGUGACAGCAAUGAUAAGGACUACGGCUAUCACGUUAGCAAUAUUAACGAUAAUAACACCGAUGACAUUUUGGGGGAUUGUUUCGGCGGUUACCCAGACUACAAAAGCGGUGGCUUUUUGUCCUCAACUAUAAUUGGCGAUUGCGAAAGUCGACAAGCUCAAGCUGCAAACUGUGCAGGAAACGGGAAUGUUUCUAGUCCGGCAAUUCAUAUGUCCGGUACUUUUAAUGAAAGUAAUCAUACUGAUUACAAUGGAUAUAACUUUAUGCCAAGUUCGUCAAAAACAGAUUUUCCUUGGACUAAUACUGGCGAAGAUGACUUGCAUGCAUGUGGACAAUAUAGAUUCGAAAGUCGCUUAUUUGACUGGUGGGGAGAGGAUCAAAAAAUAUCUCCGGUAAUCGGUUCGUCCUCGUUGACGUUACCGGGUUAUUCUUAUCAAGACUUUGAGUUAUUUAGUGAUGGGUGUGGAAAUUUCUUUGACAAGCGUAUAAAUGGCGGAUUUUAA